GCUUCGCCCAAAACUGGCUGUGUGGCAAGGUUGGAACCUGAGAAGGCUAAGCUGGCAUCCUCGCGCCCACGAGGGCAAAUUUCCAAGUGGAAGCAACGUCUGGGAGCCGGGAAGACCUCAGCAGAUCCCACGGCUGGCCGGAGGGGGCGAAGAUGGCAGAUGAUCAGAGCUGUAUGGUGGAGCAGGGAGCCGGGGAUUCAGCAGAUAAAGAUGUGAUCGAUGCCAAGCCAGACCGGUCCUCGAUUGUCCAGAGACUCUUCAAGUGUCUGACUCUAUUCGUGUGUCAAAUGACCUACUCGCCACUUCUCAGUAAGAAGACAAAAAAUGGCUCUACACCGUCGAUCAAAACCCAGGACCAAGAGAGUGUGUCUGCAUAUCGGUACAACAUGAAUUUCAAGAAGGUGGGCAAAUGCAUCAUAAUAAACAACAAGAACUUUGAUCAAGUGACAGGUAUGGGCACCCGGACUGGAACGGACAAAGAUGCCGAGGCCCUUUUCAAGUGCUUCCGAAGUCUGGGCUUUGAGGUGACCAUCUACAACGACUGCUCUCGUAGCAAGAUGCAGAACCUGCUUCAACAAGCUUCGGAAGAGGACCAUUCAAACUCAGCCUGCUUUGCCUGCAUCCUGUUAAGCCACGGAGAGGAAAAUUUAAUUUAUGGAACAGAUGGAUUAACACCAAUAAAGGAUUUGACAGCCUGCUUUAGGGGUGAUAGAUGCAAAACGCUUCUAGAGAAACCCAAACUCUUCUUCAUUCAGGCUUGCCGUGGAUCAGAGUUGGAUGAUGGGAUCCAGGCUGACUCAGGGAGUGUCAGUGACACAGAUGCUAAUCCCCGACACAAGAUUCCAGUUGAAGCUGACUUUCUCUUCGCUUAUUCCACAGUUCCAGGCUAUUACUCGUGGAGGAACCCAGGAAGAGGCUCCUGGUUUGUGCAGGCCCUCUGUUCCGUCCUGAACGAGCACGGGAAACACCUGGAGAUCAUGCAGCUCCUCACCAGAGUGAACAACAGGGUGGCCAGGGACUUUGAGUCCCAGUCUAAUGACCCGCACUUUCAUGAGAAGAAGCAGAUCCCAAGUGUGGUCUCAAUGCUCACCAAAGAACUCUACUUCUGAAAAAUAACCAUCUCAUGGGCGUGCUCUGGCCAAGAAGCUAUGCAUCAUUUAUUGAUGAAUCGGUUUUUUUUUUUUUUUUUUUUGAGGCUCUUGAAAUAUCCAAAAGUUCUAAGGGAUUUUAAUUUCAGGAAAAUUUAUUGAUUCAACAGAGAAGAAACUUUCUGCUAUUGCCUUGUUUCUCUGACUUUCCAGAGACUCAUUUUUUACAAUGUUACUCAUUUGAUGACUGCAGUUUCCUCUUAAGAUUAGUUUCUGUUUGUAUUCCUUCUACCUCGUUAUCACACUUAGUCCAUACAACAAAAAUGACCUCCUGAGUUGACUCCUGGUUGUGUCUGUCGUGAUCAGUGGUGACACUGGUAGAAAAUCAGAUUGAUAUUUGCACCUGGCAGAAAGAAUCCCAGUACUUGACAAAAAACAGCUGAGAGGAUAUUCAUUCACCUGUAUUGCAGGAAAUGGGUAUUGAGUGUGGUUUGAGUGGUUUUUUUUUUUUUUUAAAUUGGCUCAGGGCAAAUCCUCAGGCAAAAAUGCCCUGAUAACUUAGAGAAAAAAAAUACUUAAUAAUUCCAUAUGUAUCAGUCAGGAUCAAGUCAAGAAAACAGAAACCAUUCUCAGUGUUUCGACAGAGGGAAUUUCAUACAGGAAAUUGAUUUACAUAGAGGAAAAAAGAACAGCUAAACAACAGGAAGCUGUUACCAUGCCUGUGUCUAUCAGGAUAAUGGGAGGAGAUAUGGUUUCCCAGAGUUGAGAAGCUGGGGCCGUCCACAGGAGCUAGCACCUUGAUGGAGGUUUCCCAGUGGGCGACAGAACCCAGGAGGAAGUGUGGAAAAUGGGCCCAUGACAGGGACAAAGCCACUGCCUGUGAUGAAGCCAGUCCUAAAGCCAAAUCAGACAUGGAGAGAUACCCUGGUUUCACCCUUUUUGCCCUCUGGUCACCCACCAGUGCCAUACCAUCCUAUUCCUACCUGGAAGCCAGCUGGCAUGAGGCCUGGGAAAUGCAAUUUCCUGUGGUACAGAGCAGAGCAAGGGAUAAUGAGGCAGCGGAGGAGCAAUAACUAGAUGUAAGCCUUGCAUAUAAUGUGAAUAUAAUCACUUUCCCUGAUGUUCAGCAAUUCAUCCAUGCAAUGGUUUUAUUCAUUGAGUUUUUGGAUAUCUAUGUAUUUCCCACGUUGUGCAAAAUAAUCUGCUUUAGCUUUAAAACAGACUUGGAAAUUUUUAUGUUGUAUCAGGCCUUAUUCUGGGUAAAUUUUUGUUACUUCUAAUUCUGUUAAGUGGGUAAGAGUUCAUGGCAAAGAUUCUUGUACGUUGUUUCCAAGGUGGUGGUAUCUUUUGAAUUCUUGGAUAAAUUUUAUUCUGCCUAAUUGGUUAAUAAGCAGGUGUUCAUAUUUAUUGAUUAAAAUAUGGUUGCUUGAUUCUUAA